GCUUUUUAGCGCGGCAGUAGUAUUCCAUCCCUGGACGCCCUUUAUCACCACAAACCAAAACAAUACGCGAGAAAUAUAUAAAUAAGAGCCUUUUGCAGCCGCAUUCUUAUUCCAGUCUUUGCAAUGUCGGACUCACCGCCACGGGCAAGGAAUUCCGAACAGGCUCUCAUCCAGCUGAAGAAAUUUGGGUACGCCUUUAAUAAAGAGGGAGUCCUACGCAAAAUCGAUCCCGCGACAGGCGAGCCCGGCGAGGAGCCCUAUUCCUACAACGUCAGCGACGACCCCGCCGAAAACGAGAGGCACUACCAGAAUUUGGCCAACCAAAUCCCGGAAAUUGUCUAUGAACUGCUGGAGAAAAACGGUCUUUGCCGCACCUACAUCCCCUUCGACAAGGAUCCACAGCGCUCCACGUUUGUAUUUUCCCAACCAUCGAAGCUGUUGCAGUCCAAAAAGCUGCUAGUCCUCAUACAUGGCAGCGGACUUGUUAAUGCAGGACAAUGGGCCAGAAGUUUAAUCAUCAACAACUCGCUGGACCAUGGCUCGCAGCUUCCCUAUGUGCGAAAGGCCCAGAAGCUCGGCUAUGAUCUGCUGAUUACCAACGCUAAUGAUUGUACGCGAUUCUACAACGGAAAGAAGAAUCCCAUCAAGGGCGUGGAAACGUCCGUUGAACACAUGAAAUAUGUUUGGAAAAAUAUUGUGUUGCCCUCGAAUCCGGAGAGCGUGGCAAUUGUGGCCCACAGCUACGGCGGAUGUCUUACUUUGGAUCUGGUGGAGCGCUUUUCGGAUUUCUUUAAGGAGUCUGUUUUUGCGAUUGCCUUUACCGAUGCGGCUAUGGGAAGUCCCCAGGCGAAGAACAGGGACUACCUAUGCGAAGUGAGCUGUGACUGGGUGGCCAGCAGCUCACCCCUGGACACUCCCGUCUCCGAGUCUAAGAAAAGCAUCCGGAAGGUUUCUGCUGGACACACCAAACACGAGUGGACUUCGCACUCGGCUAUUGAUCCUGUAUUUAAGUUUAUUGAGGAAAAGUAUGAGCAGAGGACGAAUAAGAAGUGACAGCCUCCGUCAAGUUGUGAAAGAAUUUUUGUACACCCCAUUUCUAAUAAAUAUCUCGUGCACACAUCUAA